AUGGAAGCGAACUUCUCAACAAUGAAUACCACAAUGCCAAAUUAUGGCUUCAAGAUUCUCGCUUUUGCUGUCGCCACCGUUUUCGCAAUUUUCGCUUUAAACUCAACCUUUAUUAGAAUUAGUUAUAACAAGAAGAGUUUAGACCACGUUGGUGUACAUCAAGAAUCUGAAUGGUCUGGGAAGCAAGAAUUACAUUCGAAACACAAGGAUUUUUUGAAAAAUGGCAGAGAGAAAAGAGCCAUCACGACCCCAGGGACUCCUCAUGUCUUCACUGCCGCAGAACAGCAGAACUUGGUGGAUUGGCACAAUGACUACCGUCGACAAGUUUCGCCCGAAGCUUCUAACAUGGAAUACAUGACUUGGAAUGAUGAGCUGGCAACAUGGGCCCAGGAGUGGACAGACUCGUGUUACUACGAGCACGGUUUCCCUGCCGCAGCCGAUAAUGAAAAGAUUGGUCAGAACCUUUGGCGUGGGUUUGUAGCAUCACUUCCCGAUGGCUCUGGUCCCCUAAGUAGCUGGUGGGACGAAUGGCAAUGGUACGACUAUGAGACGAACACGUGCCUACCGGACAAGAUAUGCGGUCACUAUACACAGUUGGUAUGGGAUACCUCAUAUCAAGUCGGAUGUGGGAGGAGUUUCUGUGCGGAAGGUUAUGAUGAUACCUUGAACUUCACCAAUAACUACAUUGUUGCUUGCAAUUACCGUGAACAAGGAAACGUGCAAGGUAUUAAACCGUAUGAGUCAGGAACCAGCUGUACUAGAUGCACAUCUGGAAUUAUGACAUGCGACGACAAACUCUGCCGUCAAUGCCAAGCUGGGGAAACAGAAGCCGGUAUGUUUUCAUGUAAACAUCUUACCUCGUUUGAUGUUUGA